CAGAGCUGCAGUCGAGUCUCUCCACUUCUGUCCAAAUAAAAAUUAAACUGAGUUCAUCAAGUCAUCACCAAACACUGUGUGUAGAUAUGUCUGCUGCCAGCUGUCUGCGAUCUGAAGAUCAGUUUCUGUGCUGCAUCUGUCUGGAUGUGUUCACUGAUCCAGUCACCACAUCAUGUGGACACAACUUCUGCAAAAACUGCAUCAAUGAACACUGGAACAGUAAUGACCAGUACCUGUGUCCCAUGUGUAACAAGGUUUUCAACAAAAGACCUGAGCUUCAUGUCAACACUUUCAUCUCUGAGAUGGUUUCUCAGUUCAGACAGGAAGCUCAACAGAAAGCCAGCAGCAGCAGCUCAGAGCAACAAGUUGCCAAACCAGGAGAAAUUCUCUGUGACGUCUGUACUGGAACCAAACUGAAAGCCCUGAAGUCCUGUCUGGUGUGUCUGACCUCCUACUGUGAGACUCACCUGGAGCCUCAUCUGACAAUAUCACGCCUGAAAAGACAUCAGCUGAUGGACCCUGUGGAGAACCUGGAGGGCAGGAUGUGUAUGAAGCACGAUAAACCUCUGGAGCUGUUCUGUAAGACCGACCAGACAUAUGUCUGCACGCUCUGCUCUGUUUUAGACCACAAGACACAUGAGUUUGUUCCUCUGAAAGAAGAAUAUGAAGGAAAGAAGGCAGAGCUGGGGAAGACAGAGGCUGAAAUUCAGCAGAUGAUCCAGAAGAGACGACUGAAGAUUCAAGAGAUCAAACAGUCAGUUAACCUCAGUAAGGAAGAUGCAGACAGAGAGAAAGCAGAAGGUGUUCAGGUCUUCACAACUCUGAAGGAGUCUGUUGAGAGAAGCCUGAAUGAGCUCAUUGAGACGAUUGAAGAGAAGCAAAGAACGACAGAGAAACAGGCUGAAGACUUCAUCAAAGAGCUGGAACAGGAAAUCUCUGAGCUGAUGAAGAGAAGCUCUGAGGUGAAGCAGUUCUCACGCUCUGAAGACCACCUCCACCUCCUCCAAAACUUCCCGUCCCUGAAAGCUGCUCCACCCACCAAAGACUGGACAGAGGUCCGCGUCCGUCCACCAUCAUAUGAGGGGACUGUGGUGAGAGCUGUGACUCAGCUGGAGGAGACGCUCAGUAAAGAGAUGAAGAAGCUGUUUGAGGCUUUGCUGAAGAGGGUCCAGCAGUAUGCAGUGAAUGUGACUCUUGAUCCUGAUACAGCACAUCGUAAACUCAUCCUGUCUGAUGAUGGGAAACAUGUAAACUAUGGUAAAGUGAAGAAGAAUCUCCCAAACAACCCAGAGAGAUUUUCUAACUGCUGUUGUGUUUUAGGAAAGCAGAGUUUCUCUUCAGGUAGAUUUUACUUUGAGGUUCAGGUUAAAGGGAAGACUAAAUGGGAUUUAGGAGUGGCCAGAGAGUCGAUCGACAGGAAAGAAAACAUCCCACUGCAGCCUCAGAAUGGUUACUGGGCUAUAUGGUUGAGAAAUGGAAAUGAGUACAGUGCUCGUAAUAACCUUCCAGUCCGUCUCUCUCUGAAGUCUCAGCUUCAGAAGGUGGGGGUGUUUGUGGAUUAUGAGCAGGGUCUGGUCUCCUUUUAUGACGUAGAUGCUGCAGCUCUUAUCUGCUCCUUUACUGGCUGCUCCUUCACUGAGAAACUCUACCCAUACUUCAGUCCCUGUAAUAAUAAUGAUGGUAAAAACUCUGCCCCUCUGAUCAUCUGUCCUGUCAAUCAAACUGAGUAGAAUAAUCACCUAUUUCAUUCUUUCUUGUUUAUUAAGAAUUAACAAGAAAUUUGUUUCAACUGCAUUUUAUUAUAUGUUUUCCAUUAAAGUUCGGGUCUGUAUAUAAAAUGAACCUAUUUAAACUUCUGAACAAAUACAACUUUGUUUUCAAUUCUAGCAGAAAUCACAACAUUUAAUUUUCUGGAGCCACGUCUCAUUUUCUUCAUUUCAGUGCAAUGAUCUGUCAUACUCUGUCUUUUUUUCCCUGAAAAGAAUAACCUUCAUGGACAAAAAGUAGAAUUAACUCACAUUUUGUGAUCCACAUUUGAGAAAUAUUAGUCUUGAAAGAAAAAUAUUAGACCAGGUCGUCUGCUAAAAUGGAGGUAUAUAGAGUGUGUACUGUUUCUGGAUUUGGCAACAGCUGUCAUACGUCACCAAAACAAACAAACUCUCAUGUCAAUUGAGCUUGAAAAGAUUCUUCAAUCAGCCUAAUUGUAGUGGUUUCUUAUUCUCAUUGAUUUGGUUCAAGGUUUUUCUUAUUAUGUCAUAUUAGUCUUUGGUUUAUUCCCCUUUUUAAUCACUGUUUUUCUAUAUUAUCCUCUCCAACCCUGAAGGACACAUGUGUCCAGA